AAUAUCACACACUCAUCCUUUCUCCAAAAAAAAAAAAAAAAAAUCGCAAAAUCGAGGCGGCGAAAGCAGUCUCCGAUGUGCUGCGACGGCGAUUGCAGGCCUCUAGGGUUCCUCCUCGGCCUGCCUUUCGCGUUUCUCUCUCUAAUUCUCUCUCUCGUCGGCUUAAUCAUCUGGAUCGUCGGAUUGGUGCUGAGCUGCGUGUGCCCGUGCUGUUUCUGCGUGACGCUGCUGGUGGAUAUGGCGCUCAGCCUGAUUAAAGCUCCGAUUCACGUCAUGGAGUGGUUCACUUCUCAGAUCCCUUGCUAAUUUUUCAUUUUUUUAAAUUUUUUUUUGAUUUUGCUAUGUGUUUUUUAUGAUUUUUGUGAUAUUUUUGGUGAGUUUAUGGAAUUUGUGUGGAAAUGCCUAAUUUUGCAGAAA